AUGCGAAAAGUGCCGAGGAAAUGUGAAAGUGUCACUUUGGUGGAUAGUUUGAAUACCGAGGAAGAAGUGAACGAGAUUUUGGAUUAUUUCGAGUUCCAUGAGGAUUCUAAGUUGAUUCUACACACUUCGGAGGUCGAUCCUCAUGAAAAAGUAAGGAUACAAUAGUUUUAGGCAAUGCAAAAGAGUUUUCUGCUGUCUGGGAUUUGAACCCACAUGUUUAAAAAAAAAGCAAAAUCACAACCACUGCGCCACGCGCGCCACCGCCGCCGACAGUGCCUAGGGCAAACACAUUGUUGGUAUCAGCGGCGCCUUGCAACCAAGCUCACAAACAAAAUCAGUUGAAUUUCAGAUAUUUCAAGUGGGAAAACACGUCUACAUCAGAAAUGCCAACAGAUUCAUCAUUGACGAUGUGAAAAAGUUCAAUUGUAAACAUUUGCACAUUGAAAACCAUCAAAUGGACAUUGCCACGUGGAUUCGGAAUUGGAAAGAAAGCUCUGACAGUACUGGACUAGUUUUAUUGGAAAUUCGGGUCCAAGGAGCUCUUGACUCGAUUCUGGACGGUCUGGACCCGAAACCAUGGAAUCCCACUCGACGCCCACGCGUUUUUCCUCUGAAUUCUAUGGAUUGCGGGCGGUUUUUGGAUGUGCAGAGGGCCGACGGAAUGAUUGCUUCGUUUGGGAUCAACCAGGGACCAGAGACGGUCUCAAAGCUUUUUAUGUGUAUUUGGCAUUGA